AAUUCACGACGUCGAAUCCAAGUGCUUGGGGCUGAAGCGUCACCUCGCUCCCGGCGCGUCCCAAGAAGCUAUGUCGGACCCCAACAAUUACACUGUCGGCUGGAUUUGUGCCAUCAGCACCGAGUAUACGGCCGCCCAAUCCUUUCUCGACGAGAAACAUGAUCGGCCCACGUUCGUCUCUCCGCACGAUGGCAACGAUUAUACCCUCGGCAGCAUGGGCGGGCAUAACGUUGUCAUUGCUGUCCUGCCCGAUGGAGAAUACGGCACGAACUCCGCAGCUGCCGUGGCAAGAGACAUGCUCCACAGCUUCCCCAAUGUCAGGAUUGGCCUGAUGGUGGGCAUUGGCGGCGGCGCCCCGUCUAGCAAGAACGACAUUCGGCUAGGAGACAUAGUCGUCAGCUCCCCAGCCAACGGCAAGGGGGGUGUGUAUCAGUACGACAUGGGCAAAGCGAUCCAAGGCCAAGGCUUUCAGCACACCGGGUUCCUGAACAAGCCGCCAACAGUUCUCUCGACCGCCGUGAAUGGCCUCAAGUCACAGUAUGCCGUCGAUGACCAUGGGAUCGUGGAAAAAAUCGAGCAGAUUCUUGAACAGAAGAAGAGGCUCAAAAGAACCCACGGGCGACCCGAUCCGGGUAGCGACAGGCUCUACAUUAGCACCAAGGUCCACGAGGACCAAGCGAAACCCUGCGAGUCCAUUUGCGGAGAUGAGGAAGGCGACCUUGUCACGCGGCCCCAACGUGACGCGGAGGAGGUUGACGACCCGGCCAUCUUUUACGGCCUCAUUGCCUCGGCCAAUCAGGUGAUGAAGGAUGCCACCCUCAGGGACCGACUGGCUGGCGGAGAAAAUGUGCUGUGCUUCGAGAUGGAAGCGGCGGGGCUGAUGAACCAUUUUCCUUGCCUUGUGGUCCGCGGAAUUUGUGACUACAGCGAUUCGCACAAAAACAAGGCCUGGCAGGGCUAUGCAGCCAUGACGGCGGCUGCAUAUACCAAGGACCUUCUGAUCCGGAUCCCGCCCAACAAGAUUGAGGCCGAGAAGAAGAUCAGCGAGGUCCUGUCUAACAUUGAACAUUCCAUGCAUGUGCUCGGGUCCAGGCUGGACAAAAAAGACGACCAGGCCAUCCUCGACUGGGUUGCGCCCGAUGAUUACGGCAGCAAGCAGAGCUGCACCCUAAGACUACGACAGCCGGGGACCGGCCAGUGGCUUUUGGACCGGGAGGAGUUCAAGACGUGGCUGGGUGGCGAUGGUGGGUCGCUAUUUUGUCGAGGCAUACCCGGGGCGGGCAAAACCAUCCUCACUGCUGUCGUGGUCGAUCAUCUUCUGGCCCAAAGGGUUGCCGACAAUGACGGCUCUGCCAUCGGCGUCGCGUUCCUCUAUUGCAGCUUUUCACAUCGGGAGAAACAGGGGCCCGAGGACUUGCUCCUGAGCGUGUUGAAGCACUUCAGCCAGGGCCUGCAAUCGUUGCCGGACAGCGUCAAGACGUUACAUCAGACUCACCGAAAAGCUAGAACACGCCCACUUCUUCCCGAGAUCGUCAGCUGUCUCGAAUCGAUCCUCAAGCAAUACAAGAGAAGCUUUAUCGUUGUCGACGCCCUCGACCAGUGCCCCACCAGCUGCCGGCCUAAGCUUCUAACGACCCUAUUCCACCUUCGAGACAUCCGGGGCACUAACAUUUUUGCGACCUCAAGGCCCUGUCGCGAAAUCGAUUCCGGCUUCUUCCCCAAAGUCUCGGUUCUGGAAAUCGAAGCCGAUGCAACCGAUGUCAAGCAGUAUCUGGACGCUCACAUGUCGGAGCUCCCUCAUUUUGUCAGCAAACAGCCCGACCUUCAGGACUUGAUCAAGCAAGCCAUUGUGAGAGCUGUUUGUGGCAUGUUUCUCUUGGCCCAGCUGUACCUCAGCUCACUGCGGGGAAUGCAGUCACCCCGGCAGAUCAAGGACGCUUUGGUGGACAAGAAAAGGACAUAUGAGAAGCUGUACGGAGACACCAUGAAGCGCAUCGAGAGUUCCGACCAGGCUCGGUUUGCCAAGAAAGCCUUGAAGUGGGUCGUGUGCGCAAGGCGCCCGCUGACGACGUCGGAGCUUCUGCACGCCCUCGCCGUAAACCCUGGAGACACAGCCUUGGAUGAGGACAAUAUUCCCGAGAUGCACGGGGUCAUAUCGGCUUGUGACGGCCUGUUGACAAUCGAUGAGGGAAGCGACGUCAUCCGCCUUAUCCACUACACCGCAUACGAAUAUCUGACAAAUGGCUCCAGCAACGGGAUCCUCCCAGAUGCUGAGGCGGACAUCGCACGUAUAUGCACCACCUACCUGUCCUUUGACGACUUUGGGCGAGGCUUCUGCGCUACGGACGCCGACCUCGAGGCCCGGUUGUCGAAGCACCCUCUUUACCGCUACGUGGCGCGCAAUUGGGGAUAUCACGCUCGUGAGGCCUCCCUGCCGCCAAGCGAUAGCAGGCUCCAAAGCUUUUUGAGCAGCGCGGCCAAGACUGAAUCCGCGGGCCAGGCAAUGAUGGCCAUCAAGGAGCAGAGCCCCUGGCCCGGCUACAGCCAGGAGGCCCCCAGGAGGGUGACGGGCCUACAUCUGGCUGCACGCUUCGGCGCCGCGGAUAUCGUCUCGGACCUCCUCACCCGGCGCGAGGCCGGAGGCUGCGAUGCGCAAGACAGCCACCGCCAAACUCCACUCAUGUGGACGGCAAUUUUGGGCAACCUCGAGAUCGCGCAGAUGCUCCUCCGCGCGGGUGCAGACCCCAACUUGAAAGACAAGGACGGCCGAACGCCGCUAUCCCUAGCCGCCGAGAACGGUUUCACAGACGUCGUCAAAGAGCUGCUGAAAGAGGAGAGGCUCGCCAUGGGCGGCGACUCGCAAAGGGACAAAGUGGGUCGCCUGCCGCUCUCCUGGGCAGCCCGCAACGGCCACGUUGACGUUGUGAGGGUGCUUCUGGAACGGUCGAGCCUCGAAGGCGGGGAGGCGGACAACCCUCUCUUAUGGGCCAUCCUGCAGGAAAACGAGGCGGUCGUCAAAACCAUCUUGGAGGCCGCCCUCCGGGAGGCAGGCCCAGGCUGGGGAGAGGGAAUCGCCCCCAAGGCACUGUGCUUGGCGGCAGAGAUCGGUCAGGUGUCCAUAUUUUCCCACCUCACAUCUGCUCUCGGCGGCGACGUCAACUGCCGCGGUGACAACGGGAAGACGCCCCUGAUGGAAGCCGCUUUUCGUGGCCACGAUGAUAUGGUCGCAGAGCUACUCCGUCUCGGUGCCGAUCACCGCAUAAGAGAUCAAAUUGGUCGGACUGCCUUCUCCCUAGCUGCCGAAUUCGGCCAGGACGCUGUGGUCAGCCUGCUCCUCCUUCACGCGCCAGCAAAGGCCGAUGUGGACUGCGCUGACACGAAUGACCGGACCCCGCUAUCACUGGCCGCGGGAAACGGACAUGAGGCCGUCGUGCACGCGCUGCUGGGGCUCGAGGGCGACGUGGUGAGUGUCGAUGCGCAGGACACGGCGCAGCAGACGCCGCUCUUCUGGGCUGCGAGGAACGACCAUAUCGACAUCGUGAAAUUGCUACUAGACACGGGCAAGGUUAAGGUUGACGCAGCCACCCUGUGCGGCCGGACGGCGCUUUCGGAGGCCAUCGUGGCCUCCAACAUGGCCAUGGUAAAAAUGCUACAGGAGCAUGGCGCAGUUGAUGUUGGGAGCAAGCCUGCUUACCUGGAAAGCAGUAAAAGCUGCUUCACCGUUGAUCCUUUGACUGUGGAGGGUGAGUACGGUGAUGGCUUGGGAAAGGUACCUGCUGCGAAUAACUGGGAUUACAAUUCGGAUGAAGACAGCGACUAGAUGAGCAGCUAUGUCCAUUACAGCUAGUCCAGUUGUACUUUUAUCCUACGGCGUGUUUGGCGGUGGCGGUUUCGGGAACUGGUGGGAGCACAUUACGUAGCAUCUAAUGGUUUGCUUUUGUUGGUAGUUCCUUUUUGAACGCCACGUCAGGUGUUUUGCC